AUGUUCAGCCUCAAGACGCUCACCAUGCUGGCCCUCGCGGCGGCCACCAUGACCGUGGCGGCGCCCCAGGGCAGCCCGUUCGACGAGAUCUGCCAGGGCCGGAACGCGGGCUGGUUCUGCCCGUCGGCGGGCGAGACGGCCUUCUGCAACAGGGACCACCGGUACGUGGACGGCCACGUCUGCGGGCGGGGCACGUGCUGCGCCUCGACCAGCAACGGCACGGCGCAGUGCGAGGAGGACGCGUGCUCCGCCGGCGGGCGCGCGCGGCCGCCCACCGCCGCCCACCGGCCGCCGCCGUCGCUCUUCGAGGCCCGCCAGGAUAUCGAGCACCAGCACCAGCAGCGGCGGGAGCACCCCAAGCGCAAGCUCACCCUGCCCGGCAUCUUUGGCAGGCACCACGGCGAUCACAACGGCAACGCGAUCAAGCGCUAG